AUGGAGGAAGACAACCAUGACAGCUACGAGAGCAUGGAAGAAGAGAACCAAGAAGACUACGAAAGCAUGGAGGAGGACAGCCAUGAUGGCUACGAGGAAAUGGAGGACGAGGUUCAGGAGAGCAGUGCUGCCAUGGAGGUAGAGAGCGUGGGAGACCACUCGUCCACAGAGGACUGGGAAACUCGAAGCGACAACAUGCCACUAAUGGACGACGAGGACUCGAACAACACCAACUCGAACGUUUGGGUCUACGCCAAGCACCUUCAAACUCCAGGGGCCUUUCAACAGGGAUCUUAUAUUUCGCUGUGCAGGUUCACGGAAUACGAGGCAGACUAUCCUUCGGGCUCAUGGAAGGCAAUUCACGAGCAGCCUGUAUUUGGAACCAUCAAGGACCUCAAGUCUGUCUCUAUAGACUUUGAGGAUGAAGAGCAUGGCUUGGAUCUGGAAACGAAUACCAGCUGCCACAACAAGAGACCGAGAAUGGGUUAUCUGCCGGAAUUCGCGUCAAAGUCUCUCCUGGUCGCCACGUCCGACAAUGGCUUCUUGACAUUCUUGGCGUUCCAUUAUGAUACUGAGCAGCAGAACCCUGAGGACCGCGGUCACUUUUACGCCGUAAAGAAGAUAUAUAUCACAGAACCGGGUCAUGACUCUUCAGAGAUGGGAGCGAAAAUUGCCCUAGACCCAACGUCUAAUGUGAUAGCUGUUUCUGGGAUUCAGGGUCACAUCAAGUUGUUCUUUCUCAGGAGAACAAAAAGAUCGAGCUUCGACCCUAUUGAGAUGAUUUCAUCCAUCAAGGUCGAAGGAACAAUCAUUGCUAUGGACUUUCUCUACGUGGAUCGAAAUGCGACGCUCGUUACUGCCAUCCUAGGGGUCUUGUACUUCAACACUGCAUCAGAGAAACACUACAUCUCGACGUUCCACAUCGGACCAUCAUACCUUGACCAGGAGCCACCUAUAUACGUCGGCACGAGUGAGAUUGGAUCUAACUACCUUCUUUCUGUGCUCCUGCUGAAGGGUUUGCCGGAUCUCCCGUACUGUAUGGUCUAUGUCGACGAGGAGAGUAUUACUUACGUGACGACGGAACAGCUGACGGCACCGAGUGGGACCACAACAAUCAACCACACUCAUCACAAACCACUAAAGCUGUUGAAAAAGGAGUCUCGUGUGAACAGGAGUACAACGGACGACGCAGACGACUACAAGGACACGUACCCGCUUAUAUCUGCAUGCGCAACACCUCCCAGAUCAAACUCCCUGGAUGGUCAGCAGACGCUUUAUCUUGGAAGCGAUUCUGCCGACUUUUUCCGCGUCAACAUUAACGGGCACAACAACACCAUAUAUUUCGAAUUGGAUGCAGGAGAACGGCCGAUUGGACGCGUAUUGGAGGUGAUUGGAGGAAGCCGUUCUGUGCACCAGAGGGCAGAGUCAGGUCCAGACCAACCUCUCCACACGGAUUUCUUACUCUAUUCUAGUGAUCAUGGAAACGGGAGCAUUUUGAGUGUCAAGGAAGAGGAGGAAGGUACUAUCGGCGUCUUUGCAGUCUCAGAGCUGUUGAAUGACGCGCCGGUCCUAGACUUUUGUGCCGACGAACCAGCACUUCCAGGACGGGACUCUUUAUUUGCUUGCUCAGGGAUGAAGAGCGAGGGAUGCAUCAAACGAGUUCGGUCAGGGAUUCUCGUGGAAAGCUCAGGGAGUAGUGGACACCAGCUUUUUGCAGGAGCAACAGGAGUAUGGAACGUAAAGGCAAAACGGAAAGAUCUCUUUGACUCUUUCUUGGUGGUAUCGUUCAUUAAGUCCACAAAGUUAAUGAGAGUUAGCGAGCAAGGUGACAAGUGCGAAUGGACACCUAGGGACGGAGUUCUAACUUCAGCUAGCUGGGCAAAGGAAGGUACUCUGGUUCUCGGACAAAUCUCGUCAGGAGGCAGCAGCCUCAUCGUACUCGAGUUGGGGCAGAACUCUGACGAUUCAAAGGCAAAGGCAAAGGGAAAGGUAGAGUCGGCGUCACAUUCCUUCAGAGUGAUCACCCUAAAGUCCAUGAACGCUGAACCAACCACAAUCCAUUGCUGGACCGAGUCGAGUCCGGUUCAACCAGAGACAGAGCUUGGCGACAUUUCGACUGAAGUUCUAUGCUGCGUCGGAACGUUGGAGCCCGCCAUCUAUGUGUUCCGCAUGCAUCAGGAACUCAUAGAGGAGAUUUACACAGAAUCGUUUGCUCAAAGGCGCGAGGAUGUUGCAGUCCCACAUUCAAUUGCAGUUCUGAGGAAUGGCGAAGGUCUCCAAAGGAUUCUGGUCGGACUCCGGAACGGAAGCGUAGUUGUUUACGAGUGGAACCGACUGAGGCAUCCUGACCUUUUACACUCCAGCCUAUCGAUGCCUGAACGAAUCAUGUCGCUGCCAAGGAAAUUCGACCUCGGUAUAAUGCCAGUCAAGUUUGCGUACUCUGAUGAGCCUCUACUCUCGAGAACUCUUAUUUUGUCCGACAAAAUCUGGCAGGCUAGCUUCGACAACGAGUUUGAAGUCCAGCUCAUUCUCUUUGACAACGAGGUUUCAGAAGCGUGUGCCUUUGAGUAUCAAGACUCUGAGUAUCCAACCAGGCCAGGAUUCGUCUUUAUUGUAGAUCACCAAGAUCUUCAACUGGUUACCUUGGAAGGAAAGAGGAAAUACGAUUCCCAGACGCUUCCUCUGGGUCAUACACCUCGAAGGCUUCUCGAUAUCACAUCCAAGGGACUAAUGCUAGCUGCAAGUGUCGGGAAUGGAUUUCCGUUUGCAGUAUCCGUGUUACAGCUCAUUGAUCCCGCGAGAGUGUCGAGCGAACCAGGGUCGGAAAUGCAACAUGUGGUCGCCGAGCUGUCGAUAAAACAAGGAGAGGGAGUGUUUUACUUGGCAGAGUGGAAGCUUCCCAGCAAGGUGCUCAUUUGUGUGGGAACUGGAAUCUUCUCGCCCACAGGAGCAGCAGCAUCUGCCGCCUCUCCCAGGACCGGACGUCUCCUUAUCUUGUCGAUCAAGCACUCAAAGUCGCAAGGAUACAGCCUUGUGGAAGAAUUGGCUAUGGACAUGUCGUUGCCCGUCUUUGCGAUUUCUCCAUUCCUGGACAACAAGAUUUUGGUCUCCAGCGGACCUACGCUGAAACUCUUUGCUCUUUCAUCAAGUGAAAACUCGUUGGUGGAGAAGGCUACUGCCCGUGAACGAUGGCCUAUUGUCCAGAUAUCGAGUCAAGGCAAGAUGAUUAUCACUGGAUCCCGAGGAGAGUCGAUCAACUUUUACGAAUAUGAAGCCGGGAGCGGCGAGCAUAGUUUCGACAAGCUCAGAUUCUUCAGAAGCGCUCGCUCGGCGAGGCAGGUUUCUGACUGCUUGGCCAUCUCUCCAGAGCUGGCAGUUGGUGUUGACUUGAGCGGUAGUAUUUUCGGUGUUGGAUACACUCCUGGCGUGGUCGAUCGUCAGUACUCUCUCGUGGACCAAUUUUCGUUCCACAUGGGCGAAAUCGUGAAUCGGAUCCGGCUUGCAAAACUGUGGUUGGAUGAUGGGCGGUCGCUGACCGGUGUACCCAUGCCGCACUCAGUGUUGAAGGACACCGCGUCACCAGCAUCAACAGCUUUGAUACGUCCGCCUUCCUUUGUAUCACUGCUGAAGCCCUUUAUUCUCAUCCCAUGGUCACCAUUCGACAACAGCGAGUCGUACACCGAUAUCACGACCUCCACAACAAAGACACCGUCUCCAUCAUCUCAGGCUCUGAUCGGUUAUUCAAUAGUUGGGAGCAUCAUUGGGAUCUGGAGACUGUCACCACCACUCUACGACAUCCUCAAGGCCCUUCAACAGGUCAUGGCGACUUUUUAUGACUCUCGGCCAGUCCUUGGUCCGAGCCAUGGAGUUUACAGAAGCCAAAACCAACCGACAAAGGCGUUUCAUACCAUCGAUGGAGAUUUGAUCGAUAGAUUCUUGGCACUCGACCAUGCUGUUCAGAUUGAAGUUGUGGAUUACGCCAUUCGGUUAGAGGGGAUGAUUGAGGAGUGGAUCCGGAACUGUGACGCCGAUAGCGACGUUGCUGGUGGUGGUGGCGGUGGCGUUUUGGCAGCCGCAUUGGAACGCGAAUUCAGGACGACAAUCUGUAGCGACGAUCAUCCGACCGGAAGAAAGUGUGUGGAUCAUGCCAACAUCCGUCGAUUGCGUUACUUGAACGACAAGGGACGUCCUAUCGAUGUUGAUCAUCUUGAAGUCGACGACGACGGUGAUGAAAGGUCUUGUUGGAGGCAGGAGGAGAAUGGAAGACCAGUGGAUAUCUUCCGUGUCCCCUGCAGAGCCAUCCACGUCCUUUGUAGCGUUUUGCGUUUUCUUCGCAGUCUGGACUGGCACCAAUAA